GGCCAUUGGUUAAGAGUAUCCAAUAAUCUCAAGGCUCGUGUUGCCCACAAGACAUAUCGCCUCCGAUUGCCAUUUGUUGAAGAUGUUCAAACAAAAUUUAUGGCCAGAAAGUAAUACACUCAUUUUCCUCCAUUUUAGCUUAGCCUAAGCCACCGAUUUUUGCUGCGCUUCGACUCUCCUCUUUCUCUCUCUCUCUCUCUCUCCCCCUCUAUCUUUCAUCCAUGGCUUCUCUCUUAGCUAAUGGAAUUUCACGCUUUCCUCAUAACCCCACUUGGGAAUUACAAAAAGACGCAAUCCCAAAGCUUCAGAGUCCGAGAAUCGCUAACUUGAAGAUUUCCAAGUCGAAGCCUUUCAGGGUCCGAGCAGAUGUUGGAUACGAUCCCAAAACUGCCAACUCCGGUCCGAUUUCUCAAGGUAAGUCCUCUCCGUCUUCUACCACUACUGAUGAGAAAAUUCAGGAUAUUCUUCGUAAUCGCGAUUACGAUAGGAAAUUUGGGUUUACUGUGGAUAUCGAUUCGUUUUCAAUCCCAAAAGGGCUUUCCAAGGAAACAAUUCGAUUGAUUUCGUCCUUAAAGGAAGAACCCGAUUGGAUGCUUGAGUUUCGGCUGAAUGCUUUUGAGAAAUUCUUAAAGAUGAAAGAACCCACGUGGUCUGAUAAUCGAUACCCACCAAUUGAUUUUCAAGAUGUUUGUUAUUAUUCUGCCCCUAAGAAGAAACCCACUUUGAAUAGCCUUGAUGAGGCGGACCCGGAGCUGCUUAUGUAUUUUGAUAGGCUUGGGGUUCCAUUAAAUGAACGCAACCGUCUAGCUAAUGUUGCGGUUGAUGCUGUUCUAGAUAGUGUUUCAAUUGCUACUACUCAUAGGAAGACGCUAGAAAAAGCAGGUGUGAUUUUCUGUUCGAUAUCAGAGGCAAUUAAGGAAUAUCCUGAUUUAGUUAGAAAGUACUUGGGAAGAGUUGUCCCGAGCGAGGACAACUUUUAUGCUGCAUUGAACUCGGCGGUGUUCAGUGAUGGAUCGUUUUGUUAUAUACCCAAGGACACAAAGUGUCCGAUGCAGAUUUCCACUUAUUUCCGAAUCAAUGCUUUGGAAACUGGACAAUUUGAGAGAACUUUGAUUGUUGCUGAUGACAGGAGUUUUGUAGAGUAUUUGGAGGGAUGUACAGCGCCUUCCUAUGAUAGAAAUCAGCUUCAUGCUGCGGUGGUUGAAUUGUAUUGUGCUGAAGGAGCAGAGAUUAAGUACUCCACUGUUCAGAACUGGUACGCUGGUGACGAAGAAGGAAAGGGAGGAGUGUAUAAUUUUGUAACAAAGCGUGGCCUGUGUGCUGGGGAUCGUUCUAAGAUAUCUUGGACACAAGUUGAAACAGGUUCUGCCAUUACUUGGAAGUAUCCCAGUGUUGUUUUGGAGGGAGAUGAUACUGUCGGUGAGUUCUAUUCAGUAGCACUGACGAAUAAUUAUCAACAAGCAGACACGGGUACAAAGAUGAUUCAUAAAGGAAAGAAUACAAGAAGUAGAAUUAUCUCAAAAGGAAUUUCUGCUGGAAACUCAAGGAACUGUUACAGGGGGCUUGUUCAGGUUCAAUCCAAAGCAGACAAUGCUAAAAACUCAUCACAAUGUGAUUCAAUGCUCAUUGGUGACAGUGCUGCUGCCAACACUUAUCCAUACAUCCAGGUGAAGAAUCCCACAGCUCGCAUUGAACACGAAGCCAGUACCUCCAAGAUUGGUGAAGAUCAGUUGUUUUAUUUUCAGCAGAGAGGAAUAGACUAUGAGAAGGCCAUGGCUGCCAUGAUAUCCGGAUUCUGUCGUGACGUCUUCAACGAGCUACCUGAUGAGUUUGGUGCCGAGGUGAACCAACUCAUGAGCUUGAAACUUGAAGGAUCUGUGGGUUAGGUUGAAACCAAGAAAUAUUUAAAGGUUAGAUCAUCUUGAGAAAGCUUAGAUUAUUUAGCAUAAAUGGUCCCACAAGCCCUUCAUCUUCCUGCUUGGACUAUAUACUUCUGCCUCUAAAAAUCACAAGCAGAAUGUAAAUAGUUUUUGAGUGUUCAAUCAACUUGUACUAGGUAGUUAUUAGCUUCAGUUCGGUCUGGGAGACAGACUUGUUGUUCAUAUAUAAAAUUUUCACUUACUAUUAA